AUGUCCACCAGAUUUCGGGGAUCACAACAACACCAGCAUGGUUCUUCUUCUGCUACCACCAGCAGUUACACUUCUUCUGCUGGACUUGUUGCUACUUUGAAGGAUAAAAGUGCUGAUGAGUUGCGGAAGGUUUUAUCUAACAAAGACGCAUAUCAGCAGCUUUUGCAUUCACUUGAGGAGGUCAAGAUUCAAGAUAAUGUGAAUGAUGAACUUUGCAAGGAGAAUCUGCAGCUUGCUGGUGAGUCAGUGAAUUCUUUUCAUUGUGAUUAUGCGAUUAGAUGGCUAGCUUUCAGCUGA